GUCUUGCUGUCGCUGUCAGUGCCCUUUACAAACAACAGCGAGUAAGUUACUUUUUCUAAAAAAAUUGCAACAAUCUUAUCGGAGCACUCUCAUUAUUAAUAAGUUUUUUUUAUACUCGCAACAACUUAACUUCUUGGGCAUAGAGAACUGGAUAUAGGGGAAAUAUAGAGUGUGCAGAGAAAAGGAGUAAUUCAACUGAGAGCAAGUUUAUCCACCACAACGGAGAGCCCCAGGCAGACGGGGCCACAAGCUCGUGUUUCGGUGAAGGACAACGCUCCUUCCACCAAGCGACGCUGGGUCCCACCUUCUACACUGAGACAUCAAGAUGCCCUUACGCCAGAAUCACGUAACGACCUGGUGUUCCGCAAAGUCCGCGGCAUUCUCAAUAAACUCACACCAGAGAAGUUUAAGAAGCUGAGCGAUGAUUUGUUGCGUAUAGAACUACAAUCGAAUGUUAUCUUGAGGGGUGUCAUCUUUCUCAUAUUCGAGAAGGCCCUCGACGAACCGAAAUACUCGUCUAUGUAUGCGCAGUUGUGCAAACGACUGUCAGAAGAGGCACCUAAUUUCGAAUCCCCCAAUCAACCCACCACCUUCAGAGUUCUCUUACUUAAUAAGUGUAAACUUGAAUUCGAAAACCGAGCGGCAGCCCUCGAAAACAAUGGCGCUUCGUACGGAGCCGGUUUUGGCGGGGCGAAUUCCGAAGAGGAGGAAGAGAGAAGGCAGAUCGCCAAAAGGAAAAUGCUCGGCAACAUCAAGUUCAUCGGCGAAUUGGGAAAAUUGGAAAUACUAUCGGAAAAUAUAUUACACCUUUGCAUCAAAGAGUUAUUGGUUAGACGUGGCGACGAUUUUUCCGAGGACCUCGAAUGCCUCUGUCAAAUUUUGCGGACCUGCGGCCGCAUCUUGGACACCAACAAGGGUAAAAACCUCAUGAACCAAUACUUUGAAAGAAUGAAAAUGUUGGCCGAAAGUCAAGAUUUACAACCGAGAAUCAGAUUCAUGUUGAAAGACGUGAUCGAUUUAAGAGACAAUGGAUGGGUGCCGCGAAAGGCAGUCAUUGUUGAAGGUCCUAUGCCUAUAAAUCACAUUAAACCAGCGGAGGACGAUCGUCCUGUCGGUUUUAGAAGAGACCGUAACCACGAUAGAGACCAAGAUAGACCAAAUAUACCAGAUUUAUUCCGUCAUCCGAUGAAGACCAGGUCUGGUCUCGAUGACAUGCUUAUGGGUAUUAAUUUGACACCAUCUGCCCCGUCUCUAAUACCCACUGCCCCACCAUUCGGGGCCCACAACGGAUUCGGCAGUCAGAGGGACGGAAGUUACAGAGGACACAAUAACCAACGCAGCGGCGCCUACAAUUACAACAACCAAAGGGGGCAGUACAAGCACAACCAGAACAAUUCUCAAUUCAACCAGUCUAACAAGGAACUAGCGCCGCGUUUUAAAAAGAGUAAUUUGAUAGUUGGAAAGGACGAAAUGGCGGAUGUCGAAUUGAGACCUAAUUCGAUGUUGAUAACGAAAGCUUCUUCGUUGAAAAACAACAAUAUGAUGAAUAAUAACAAAAGUUUAGAACCCACUUUCGCCCAACCGACGACUAAGCAACCCCCGUCGACUUUACUCAAAGAUCCAUUACCGAUAAAACAAUUGCCUGCGGAGAAACCGAAGCAGUCCAAAAAAGACAAAGGUCCAAAUAAGGAGGAGGUGUUGAAGAAGUUCAAUACUUUGAUAGAGGAAUUCUGGAAGGGCGAAGUAGAUCUCAAACAAGCUAUUAAUUCUUAUAAAGAACACAAAGUUCCCGAUAAAUUUGCCAAAGAAAUGGUCUUGAGUGGAUUAUCGACUGCUUUAGAAAAAUCCGAUGUCGAACAAGAAAAACUAAUCAGAUUCCUGAGUAAUUUGAAAGAAGAUAAUUUGAUAAGCGGUAAUACUGUACAAGACGCAUUCAAAUCGUUGUGUAACGUUUUGGAUGAACGAGAAAAUGAGAUAACGAAAGUAACGAAUUCAGCUUCGGUUUUAUUCGCUACUGCAAUUUGCGAACAUUUGGUACCGCUGUCGGAUGUGGCGAAUUUGACUGAAAACGGCGCUCACCAUCCGCUAUUCUUGUUGGUAUUGCAGAAUAUACACAAGAAGAGAGGUAAAAGCGAAUUGUCGGAGAUGUUUAACAAGAGCAAGGUAUUUAUUUAAUCAAUUACGAUGCACACGGU